AUGAUAUAUGACGCGGUGACAGCUACGUCAACAAUGAAGGCUUGUAACUGGGUGUUGUCGAAAAUGGAUAUUCGGGCGCUGGUGGCUGGUGUUUGCCGAGAUGACGAGAAAAUUUUAACUUUUACUUCGUCUUUUAUAUUUAUUCCUUCACCUCCAUCUUUUUUAUCUUUUCCAUUUUUUUUCGUUUUCUUCCUCUUUCCUCAUUAUUUUUUUCUUCGAUCUCUGCCUCCUUAUUCAUUCUAUUUUCCUUGCCUUUCUUUUGUUAACGUUCCUCUCCUUCUUUGUAUUAUUAUUACUGUUGUUGUUGUUUUUCCUUUUCCUCUUCUUUUUCUUCUUAUCCAUCAUUUAACCUCUUUAUAUUCCUUUUCCUUUCUCUUACUUUUGCGCUUUGAUGUUUUAUUCAUAUCUUCUUUUCUGCCAUUUUCUUUCUGUUACUCUGUCUUCUCGUUCUUUGCAUCACCCUCCUUCGUUUUAACCGUUUACUUUGUCACCCUCUGUCUCAUCAUUUAUAUUUGCUCCUCCCACUACUUUUACCAUCUUACUGGUAUUACUUAUUCUUCAACAUUAUUGAUAGUUUUACUACAUUUAUCAUCAUGGGAAUCAUGA